ACUAUCUCCAAGCUACGAAAGUCAACGAACGAAUCCAAGCCGACUCGUCAGUGACGACAACACCUGCUGGGCCGUAGCAUUGCGCAUCCGUCAAACCACUUGGCUCUUGGUCAAGAUGAUCCCUUCGACGAAAGGCGCAUCAGGCUCAACCGGCUAUGAGGUCACCGAAGUUUAUUCGCUGCGCUACCGACGAUGAAGCACGCCCCCCCCCCCCCCCUACCAAUGCUCGUUUCCUCGAUGAUCAGCAGCCGCAACUUGAUCGAUGCCUUGGCCGGUUCCAUGCUACAGAUCAGAUGAAGCGGCUGUCAUUGGAAAAGAGCUUAAUCUUAUCGGAAUCACUCUUGGGUAGAUCAAUCUUAAUCUCUGGAGAUCUAACGCACGGGCUCCAAUACCAGACCUUAAUCCCCAAUCGAAUAUCCCGGCAUGGACCUUCAUCACACGUAUGCUCGACAGAACUGGAACCAAAGUUUUUUUGUUCGGCCAAAAUCGAUUUGCAAAAGCUUGCGCUCCCUCCAAGCCAGCGGGCAACCCCAUCGUGCGCCGAGCCUGCGGGGAGACAGAUGGCCGACUGGGCGCCGAUAGUGGCCGCGGCCAGUAGUGGUCUUGGACCGCAUGGACUUGCCGGAUGAGGCAGUAGAUCAUCCCGAUUCCCAGGGGGGGCGGCGAGAUCUCCAAUUAUUCGGAGAGAAAACAGUACGAGUGAUGACCGUUGGAUUGGAUAGUGUUGUGUGUACCCCUCCAUUUGGGUUCGAUUUCUUAGUUAACCUCUACCCCGCCGUUGCGAGACGAUGGCCAUGUGAAGUGGCAGUCCGU